GGCGGACACCUGAACCGCCAGGUCACAAUUUGGGUUCGCAGCAAAAAUGCUUUCAGAACAGACAGCAGCCCUAGGGCCAGGAUGGGAGUCGAUGAAUGUCCAGCUGGAUGGAGCAGAGCCCCAGGUGGAAAGGGGAAGCCAAGAGGAGGGGCCAUGGAGAAUGGCACCGGGGCCACUGGAACACUUGUGCUGUGACCUUGAAGAAGAGCCACAGUCCCUUCAGGAAAAGGCUCAGUCGGCUCCCUGGGUUCCUGCCGUUCCCCAGGAGGGGAGCACCGGAGAUUGGGAGAUGGCAGCUGCACUUCUUGCAGCCGGAUCACAGGGCCUGGUAACCAUCAAGGAUGUGUCACUGUGCUUCUCUCAGGAGGAGUGGCGGAGCCUGGACCCUUCUCAGACAGACUUUUAUGGAGAAUAUGUCAUGCAAGAAAACUGUGGGAUAGUGGUCUCGCUAAGAUUUCCAAUUCCUAAGCUGGACAUGCUUUCUCAAGUAGAAGGAGGGGAGGAACAGUGGGUCCCUGACCCACAGGACUUAGAGGAGAGGGACAUCCUGAGGGUAACAUAUACAGGAGAUGGAAGUGAGCAUGAGGGGGAUACCCCUGAACUAGAAGCAGAACCUCCCAGAAUGUUAUCUAGUGUGUCUGAAGAUACUGUUCUCUGGAACCCGGAGCAGGAGGAGAGCUGGGAUUCCAUGCCCAGAAGCUCCAGAGGAAUGCUCCUGGGCCCACCAUUUCUUCAGGAAGAGAGCUUCUCAAGUCUUCUGUGUAGCACAGAGAUGGAUUCCCUGUUAAGACCACACACAUGCCCCCAGUGUGGGAAACAGUUUGUGUGGGGCUCCCACCUUGCCAGGCACCAGCAAACUCACACCGGGGAGAGGCCCUAUAGCUGCCUCAAGUGUGAAAAGAGCUUUGGGCGAAGACAUCACCUGAUCCGGCACCAGAAAACCCACAUGCACGACAAGCCCAGCAGGUGUUCUGAGUGUGGCAAGAAUUUCCGAUGCAGCUCCCAUCUGGCCAGCCACCAGAGAAUGCAUGCGGAAGGCAAAUCCUGCAAAGGCCAAGAAGCUGGAGAGAGCCCUGGGGCUAGGAAACGGCAGCACACCCCACCGGUGCCAAAGUGCCACGUGUGCACUGAGUGUGGGAAGAGCUUUGGCCGACGGCACCACCUGGUGAGACACUGGCUAACCCACACUGGGGAGAAGCCCUUCCAGUGCCCUCGCUGUGAGAAGAGCUUUGGCCGUAAACAUCACCUGGACAGGCACCUGCUGACCCAUCAGGGACAGAGUCCCAGGAGCAGCUGGGACAGAGGGACAUCUGUCUUCUGAUUUCUGUUUUUGCUGUAGCUGUGGUCACAUCUAUCAGCUGGUGCUGCCAGGAGUCUCUGCCAGAGCUGCCCCUCUCCUGCCCCCGAUGGCCAGGAUCAUGAGCCCUGGCCUCAUCCCUAGAAAGAUGAGGUUUCAGCAUGGGCCAGAGCAUUUUUCACCACUUCUGUGAGAUACCACAUAAAAUAGAGUUCUUUGGGCAAAAUUUUUGGGAAACAAUGCUUACUACAUGGGCUGAUAUUCAGCCUGAGCCCAUUCUCAAGGGUACAGUGGUACCAGCGGUUUAUGGCUGAGGUCCAUUCUGAUGUGAUUGGAGCCUAUGCCAUACCAGUUGUUAAAUAUUUUUAGUAUCACCACUGUAUACUAUAACUCUUAUAUUCUCUUUACAUUAUAUAUGGAGAGAGAGAAAGACCAUGUUGGCAUAUUAAAGGCUCUGAAAAUGUAUGCAGUAAAGCAAAUUUUAGCCUCUUAAUGCAAUGUUUCCUAAAUGUAUUUGACCUCAGUAUUCUUUCUAUCUCACAUCCCACAGAACUGGUGACUCCAUGAAACGCUCUGAUAACACUGGGUUAGAGUAAUGAGGAAACAGAAAAGAGACCCCUUUUUUAUCCAAGUGAAAGCUGAAGGGCAGAUCUCAUUCCUGUGUGGGUCCAUCACCUUUUCCUCAAUCAUCCAAAUAUACAUCCACACCUCUCAACCCCACCUGAUGAAAAAUAGAAAUAAUAACCUUUUCACCCAUGAUUCCUAGUCCUUUAUCCUGCACAUAUGUAUAUCCAGCUGAGAGAUCAUACUACCAUGCUAAGAGAUGGACCUUAUACUCCCAAGUAAUCCAGACUCACACAGAAGAAAAAACUUCAUCUCCUUGGACAGUCCCCCUCUUCUCUUGACUGUGUCUUUAUGUGUCGAUGUGUAUCUGUGUGCAGGGUCUUUGAAGAGAGCAUGCAAAGUGCAAACUGUAAAAGCUAGAUUUUCUAGGGACUGUGUUCUGGUGAUGAGGGUAGUGGGGAUUUUAUGGGGUUUUUGUUUUGUUUCAAGAUAGGAAGUAAGCUGAUCUAUUAAGGGAGCCCUAGUGGAAAGGAUUAUGUGAUGGGUAGUGUUGUGGAAAUUGAGGUAUAAAGACUUCUUGAAUGUCACUGAGAUCAAGACAAGUGGAUAUAUAUUCCAUGUCCGAAUCUCUGGGCCACAGAUUCUUUUUGCUUGGGGGGAGAGAGAAAGAAACAUCCUCAGUGAGGUGGGCUCUUUCUUGUUGAUUUCAAGCAAGAUGCAUAUAGAAGCUUUAUGCUGAGUGAGGGUUUUUUGUUUUUGUUGUGUGGUGUGUUUCCUUGUCUUGUUUUAAGUGCUGAGAAAUUAGGGCAGGAAUCACAGUGCUUACAGGUUGUUUUCAUUACUCUUGUUUGACUUUGAUGGCCUCAUCAAGGGGGCAGAGUUAUUCUUGAGGAUCUUAUUCUCUCCAAAACAGAACUUUGGGGGAAAUGGCUGUGGUUUAGUUUUGCAGCUGAUGCAGGGUAAUGAGCUUUCCAGUUGGUUUUCCUCACAAUUCUGGGAAAGUGACCAUGCUAAGACUCUUAACUCCAGGACUUGCAUAAUAUUCUAGCAUCUGUGCGUUGAUGAGUUGAUCAUUGUUUCUCUUUAUUGAUGAUGUGUUAAUACCAGUGUUAUAAUUUAAUUAUCUUGUAUGUAAGAGCAGUUUGGGGUUAGGGAGGGAGAGGCGUGGAGAGGAGCAAAGAGGAUGAAAGUCAGUAUUUUUCUCUUUAAUGCUUAAAUUCUGGUUUUUCCUUAAUAGACUUAUCUUUCAACCACAAUUGGUGGAAUUAACCAGAGAGGUAAUAAAGUGAGCUGCAACAGUCUAAUUUCAUGACUGUCCCAUUUGCUUAGGGAACAUGGGGUGAAUCACAGCUCCUCAGAGCCCUGGGCCCAUAUGGACUUGAAAAUAAGGUCAUUUUGCUGAAUGGGCUUCUUAGAGUGGAUAUGACUUGAUCAGCCCAGUCCCUGCCUUCUGCUGCUCAGAGCAGUCUUCCUUCUUUGCCUGGUAUGCACUUCUCUUGCUUGUAUUGAUAUGACUAGAGCAAAAUGGCCAGUCCUUUGUAAGGCGCCUUGUUCUAGGUUCUCAUAGACAGGAGUGUUCUAGGAUCAGUAUUAGGAGAUGCCUCAAGGAAUAGAAAAGUAUUUCCUUCCAGUAGUAAAACUGGACUAUGCCACUUCUUUUACCCUCCCACUCUGCCUCAUUCAUUCAUGCAAAUCAGCUCUAUUAAGCAGUGGUUCAGAACCUGUUUUGGAUCACAUACUGUUUUGAAGAUCUGAUAAAAACCAGGAACUCAUUUUUGAAAAAAUAUACAUUAGCAAUUCACUCAGUUUUUCAUACACAUUUAGUCUACCCAUGGAAUCACUUAAACUGGGGUCAAAGAAAGGUCAUUAUAGUAUAUUUAUGUCAAGAAGUACAAGGCAAUGGUCACUAAAUAUUUCAAGGAAUAAGAUACCAGAGGCAGUAGGAUAUAAGAAUAGUCUGGUCUAUAAUGACUAGAAGGGUAUUGCUUACAAUCUACUCUAUUUUUUUCUUAAAGAUAUGGUAUACUAACAAGUCCAGCUCCUCACAAACAUUGUUUUAAAGACUUGUAGGAGGUGACUCUCCAUACUAUCAGAUCACACUCUUAAUAAUUAGAUGUUAACCUCCAGCCUUUAAUCUGUUUUAGUAAUUGUAAGGCUAGAAAGUGAAGCCCCUAAAGUGUAGGUGCAGUCAUAGCACCCAACUGAAAGGCAUCAUGGAGUCUAAGGGUCUUCUGCAGAAGGGGCAUCCCUUUAGGUCAUUUCCGGUGUACCACUCUUCUUCUCUACCUCGGUCCAACACCACUUCCUUUGGACAAAAAAUAAAAUAAGCAACAGCCAUCAA